AUGAACCAAGACGACGAGGUUACCAGCGCACACAGCCAUGGUGAAACUGAGAGCAAGAACAUUAAGCAAUCAAAAGACCAGCACGAUGGUGCGACCAAUGAAUAUGACUUCGACUCGGAGGAAAAACAAGUAAUCGGUGAAUCAGCCCCGUUGCCCGAAUUGCAACGAAAGCUGAAGAGUCGUCACCUGUCCAUGAUCGCCAUUGGUGGCACAAUCGGAACGGGUCUAUUCAUCGGCAGUGGAACAGCCAUCGCCUACGCUGGGCCCGUUGGUGCAUUGCUUGCAUUCCUGUUCGUCGGAAGUAUUGUAUUUUCCGUCAUGACAGCACUCGGAGAGGUUGCUACAUUCCUACCCAUCCCAGGAGCAUUCGCCUCGUAUGCCACGCGCCUGGUCGACCCCAGCCUAGGCUUCGCAAUGGGUUGGAUAUACUGGUUCUCAUGGGCGUCAACGUUCGCCCUCGAAUUGACUGCCACCGGUCUCAUCAUCCAAUACUGGGAGAACACGCUCCCCAUCGCUGGAUUCAUCGCCCUUUUCUGGGUCAUUAUUAUCGGUCUGAAUAUGUUGCCUGUCAGCUGCUACGGUGAGACAGAGUUCUGGCUAUCAAGCGUCAAAGUCUUGACCGUGGUCGGGUUUAUGAUUUUCGCGAUUUGCAUGAAUGCCGGUGUCGGCGAUGAAGGCUAUAUUGGCUUCAAGUAUUGGGUUAACCCAGGACCAUUCAAUGCCUACCUCCUUGAAGACCCUAACCAGGAUGCUCUGGCUAAGUUCCUUGGUUUCUGGGCAGUUCUCAUCAAGGCCGCUUUCUCGUACCAAGGCACGGAGCUCGUCGGUAUUGCUGCCGGUGAGACGGAAAAUCCUCGCAAGAGCGUGCCAAGCGCUAUUCGGAAAACCUUCUUCCGUAUUAUUUUCUUCUUCGUGUUGACGAUCUUCUUUAUCGGAAUCGUCGUGCCAUCCGAUGAUAGCCGUCUCACGGCUAGCGAAGGCAGUGGAGCAAGUGCUAACAAUGCAAACGCAUCGCCCUUUGUGAUCGCUGCUAAUCGCGCCGGCGUUAAAGUUCUGCCCGGCAUUAUCAACGCCGUCUUGUUGACCGUGGUUCUUUCUGCUGCCAAUUCCAAUGUUUACAGUGGAAGUCGAAUUCUGGUCGGCUUAGCCCACGAGGGCUUUGCGCCUCGCUUCUUUGUGAAAACAACUAAAUGGGGAACCCCAUACUACAGCGUCGGAUUUACUGCUCUCUUCGGCCUGCUUGGCUUUUUGAACAUCUCCAAUGCGGGAGCUACGGUGUUCAACUGGCUGCUUCAGAUUGCCGGUCUGGCCGGGUUGAUUACGUGGUGCGCAUUGAAUGUGUGCCAUUUGGGCUUCAUGCGAGCAAUGAAAGCACGGGGUCUUCCUCGCAGUAUCCUGCCAUACAAGGCUUUUUGGCAGCCUUACCUGUCAUAUUACGGCGUCUUCUUCAAUGUCCUGAUCAUCUUCACUCAGGGUUUCACUGCUUUUGUUCCAGAGUUCAGCGUCACGGAUUUCUUCAUUAACUACCUCAGCCUCAUUUUGUUUGCUGUUCUUUACAUUGGUCACAAAGUUGCUUAUCGUCAGCCGUUUGUGCACCCUCUGGAGGCUGAUAUUGAUACUGGCCGAGUUGACCUCGAUGAUUAA